AGUUACUAUCCUAACUGGAGUGCUUACUUCGUUUGACAUAAAAACAAAAAAUAUACUUUAUCUCUAUGACUUAAAGUUUAUUUUUAAAUAGCAAAAGAUGUAAGGAAAAACGGUCUGAAAAGAGAAUGAUUAUUAAGUGGUGGUGUCCCUCUCGCACAUUUUACAAACAAAAAGCAGUGUUGCUAGCUUAGAGGAUUUUCCACAAAAUCUCGUAAUUUGGACCCCUAUCUUACUUAUAAAAAAUGGCAUUUAGUGGUUAGUGGAUUUUUUAGUAGCUUGGGCGUUGUUGAAAAUUAUCGAAAAGGUUAAAAUCAAUCCACUUUACAGGAUUUUAAACAUUUUAUGACAAUAAUAUAUCUAAAUACAUAUUAUUUAAACGAUGUGACUUUGACUUAAACUUAACUAGAAAAUGUUGCGAGAAUUUAGAAUUUCCAUCAACGUAAAAAAUUGAAUUGGUCCAAAAUAAACGUACAAAGUUAUGGUGAAAUUAGUUUCUGAUGAUGACAAUUUAUUAAAAUAAAUUAUAUGAGAAGUAUUGAUUAUAUGAUAUAUAUUGAUUUUUAAUAGAACAUCAUAUAUUAAUAAAGCUCGUUAACAAAAAAAUUAUUGUUCUAUAUUAAUAAGAACUCUGUUUAAUGGAAAAUUUAAUGGUAGGUACGUAGAUUUCUGAUGGUUUUCAUGUUGAAUUUGGUGGGAAGCCAGAUUAAUUGUUGGCAUCACCGAAAAAGAGCUAUGAAUGGAUUAAAAGAAAAAUGGCGUCUAUUUACGUUUGUAGUUUGAAGUUAAAAGGGCACUGAUACAGCUUGUGGCUUGUUUUUUUUCGAAAAUCGUGAAAGUUUCCGUGUAAUCAUGGUGAACACUUGUAUUGUAAGUGGUUAUAAGCGAGAAUCCUCUCCAGUUUGUGGAAUAUCCUUCCAUAUGUCAGAUUCAUUGAUAAAUUUUUACUAGUGUGAGCAUAUAUUUUUAAAAUGUGAGAUAUUUUUUCUCAUUAUAAUAUUUAAUACCAUUUGUCUUGUAAAUUGUACUUAAUCUAUGUCAUAUACUAAAUUUGGAAAAACAAUCGUGAAAACUAUAAUUUUGCAAUGUAUUUUUCAUAUUAUAAGAGCCAUCAUGUGGUAUUUUUUGAACUUUUUUAUUGUAUUGAAUAGCGUUGCACGCAAGCAUGUAUAUCAUUUGCCUGACGUUAAGCGAACGAGGAGGAUCUUCUAGUAAGUAUAACGUUGGAAUUUCUGGAAAAUGUCCUAUAUAAAGGUCAAACAAGAGGAAUCAAGUACUCAAACGCAAGAAAUAAAAAAUACCCCGAGAAAAGCAAAAUUACGACAAGAUGUUAAGGUAUUGAAACAAAAACUUAAAAGAUUUAUUAAAGAAAAAUGGCAAUUUUUAAUUGAAUUGAAAUUUAAAUUGCGAAAUUUUAAUGAUACUCAUGGUCCAUUUAGAUAUUAAUUAAAAUAAAUUAUGUAUUUCGUUGAAAAAAAAGAAUUUACUUAAAAUAGAGGAAAUGUUAUAUUAUAAGACUACAGAAAAUUAACUGAACUUAAUAAUAAUAAUAAUAUAACCAAUAUUUUGUAAAUAGAGAUCAAGUACUAUGUGUAUUGUGUUAUGUGUAUUGACUUGUCAUUUAAGAGUUAUUUAAUUGUCUACAUAUAACAAAUAAAUGAAUUUUAGUUAAUUUCAUUUUAUUACCCAUUGUGUUUUAUUUCCUAAAAUGCAACUAGUAGACUUAAUAUACACGUGUCAUGAAAAUAGCACAGAAGUAAAAAUACAAGUAAUUUUAAAUCAAUUGAAGAUGUGAAUGUAGGAAAAGAGCACCCGAUAAUGUGUGUUGCAGUGUCUCACUCAGUGUGUCAAAUAUUAAUUUGCACAGCCCACUUAGCCAGUACAUUAAAGUAGGAAUUGCGUAAUUAAGUUCAACAUAAUAUUUAAGUCGCGGUUGAGUAUUCGGACGUUAAACAUGAAUUUGAGGAAGUUUAAGUAAUAGAACUGAGGUAAUGAUGUUUGUAAUAAAACUCAGUGCUAGAUUUUCGACAACGCAGCAAUUUCCAAAAAAAAACGUCGAAAAAAAGUUAAAAUGACGACGAAGAAAUGUUUAGAAUUGAAUUUACAUAAAUAAACUAUUGCAAGCACGUGUUUUGUAUUUACAUAGGGCUACACAGAAUUACUUAAGGUAAAUUCAAAACUGAUGCAUGUGUAUAAUUUUGUCCUAUAAAUAAAUUUUAUAUGGUCACCACAUUAGACAAGGACACCGCGACCAAAAAGUAUUCUCUUUCGAGACCGAUUUCUCGGCAUUAGACAGCACUCCAGUUGUAGGUACUUAUUAACUCCAUGUUUUCAGUAGAUAUAAUUUUUUUGUAGAUUAAAAUGGAUCAAUGUAAUAAAAUUGUGCCACCACACCUGAAUGCCGAAGUGUACCGUACUGAUACGACUGGAACCAGUUCUUUUGCCUACUUAGAAUACAUACGCAUACACGCUGAUGGUACAGUAUUUAUAGGAUGUUCAGAAUUAACAGGCCGUUAUUGGACUGGGGCAGCUAGCCUAUUCAAAAGUGUUGGUGAAGCAAAAAAUGUAAAUGAAACAAAUAAAGAUUUGUGGCUUACCAGCGGUACGGCUGAUGGCUGUUUUAUGGAAAAUUCUGAUAAGGUCAUAAUAUGUGAAGACAAUGGUUCAAUGAGUAUUUUCUCCAAAAAGAAUCAAGAAGAUAAUGCAUGGUCAAUACGGGUAAAAGAAAUGUCAGUAGCAGAGCAUGAUGACUCUAUUAUGGCUAUAGACUGUUUGGAACCUGGCUUUGAAUAUGUGACAGUAGGGGCUGAUGGGAAUGCAAAGAUAUGGGAUGUGAAAGAGACGACUUGUGUUAGAAAUUACAAGGCAGCACACAGUAAACAAAUAUAUGGAGUAUCAGUUCGGCCAAAAUCAACAACAACAUUUGCCACAGCAUCUAUGGAUGAAUAUAUGUCUUUGUGGGAUGAGAAUAUUGAUAAAGCUGUUUUAGAUAUAACAAAGAAUGACUGCAGUAUCCGAUGUUUGCAGUGGGUAGAUGAAAACAAAUUACUUUUUGGAGAUGAAGCAGGAAUGUUAUAUUCAGUAGAUAUUCGAUAUGUGGACUCCACACUGAAAUUAUUUGAAUUUCCAGCAGCUGUUCACAAAAUUUUCCUCAAUCCUGAGAAUGACAAAGUAGCAGUAUGCUGUGAUAAUACAACAUUGACAGUAUGCAAUAUACCAGUGGAUGACAAAGCUAAAAUAAUUUACCGCAACAACUCGCACACUAACUUAGUGAGAGGAGUUGCUUGGGAUACAAACGAGAGAAAACUUCAUUCAGUCGGAUGGGAUGGAACUGUUAAAUCACACAAUCUUCCAUCAGAUUAGUGCUUAAUACGGAAGUGUGGAAUAUUGUGAAUUAUCUUUAAAGUUACAAAUUUAUUUUUAUGAGAAAACAGCAUUAUAGAUGAGCCAUAGUUACUGAUCUUCGCGCUUUUACUUUAUUUUUACAGUCUGUGGCUUUAAUUCGUCUUUUGGAUAAAUAAAAUAACCAUAGAGAGAACAUCAUAUAUAAAAGUUAUCGUUUUCAAAGAGGAAAUGUUUUGUAUCAUGCUCAAACAAAUUGUAUUCCGUUAAUAUUUCUCUUAAGAACUUUUAACUCCAUAAAAUAAUUUUUUUUUAAUAAGCUCAAUAUUUUGAAACAUUGAACAUUGGCCCGAAGGCUGUCCAAUAAAGUGAAAGUAAUAUAAUUUAAACAAUAACUUAAAUUCGCUUUGUUCCAAAAAUUAAAAUAAGGAUCUUAUUAUUUUUAAGCUAAUGAAUACCAAUAAAUUUUUAUGCAUAUAGAUUACCAAGUUUAAUUUGGUCGCAAAUUAAAUCAUUCAAAAUCCAUC